ACUCUCUGAAUUUUAUACUCUGCAUGCCUUUUAAAUAAUUCACAUAAUGAAAGGUUGCAAAAGAAUUAUUAAUUGUUAGUAUGUUACACACAGACUAGGCUACUGUGGAUUAGUCAACAAAAGGGGACUAACAUAACCACUUCCACAAGAAAUUGGAAAUUUGGGGAAGCACCCAAAGGCAGAGUGAGUGGAUUAUCGUCUAUCUUCAUUCCGAGAUUUUUGGAAGUUGUGUUGUGGUUUCAUUGGUCGUACUCCGGAUGAAAUAGAAUAUCUACUACAAUAAGAAUAGUAUUCCUCCAAUUGAUGAAUGACUUGUUGCUUGCCACGUCUAGUACAGUAUAUGUUUGACUUGGUCUAUGUGCCUUCGGGUCUUGGUCUUUUUUGUUCUCAGUUCUAUUUUCUUGAGAACUUCUUUUGAUGAAUUCCAAACUCCAACACGAUAUAAUUAAUACAUGAUGUUUCAUUCAUAAAAUAGUAGUGGAAGCUAAUUAAUCGCAGUUUACAAAUCAGAAGACACGUCAAGAAACAUAGCAUGAACAGCAUGGGCAGUAGGUAUGAAUACACAGCAACUUUCCUUCUCUUGUUUUUGUUUUACUGUCCUAUGGUAUUAUUGUCUUUGCUGUCUCAAAACAAAACAAACCUUGGAAGGUCCAUGGUAAUCAGUCUAGAAGAAGGAUGGAAUGUUAUGCAGGAUGGCAUUAACAACAUUCUAGAAGGCUUGCCGGAGCCUCAAUUCACCUCUGACGGCUACAUGAUCCUAUAUACGACCAUCUACACUAUGUGCACUCAAAGGCCUCCUCAUGAAUAUUCCGAACAAUUGUAUGAAAAGUACAAGGAAACAUUUGAAGAGUACAUCAAAUCAACGGUUCUUCCAUCUUUGAGAGAAAAUAAAGAUGAACUCUUGCUGAGAGAACUGCUCAUAAGAUGGUCAAAUCACAAAAUUAUGACCAAGCUCCUCUCAAGAAUUUUUUGUUAUCUUGAUAGAUUCCAUAUCCCAAGAAAAUGGGGACUUCCUUCUCUUGAAGAAACUGGCUUCUUAUCCUUCUAUCACUUGGUAUAUGAUGAAGUGAAGAAACAAGUAAUGGAUGCAAUAUUGGCAAUGAUCGAUUGGAGACAAGCAGGAGAGCCUAUUGAUCAAACAUUGGUUAAUAACGCAUUGGCUUUCUACUCCGAGAUUGGAGAAAGCACAAGAAGGAACGAUCCAAAACACUUUGCAGAAACAAUGAUUAAAGAGAAAUCAACAUUCUAUUAUGAUGAGGGUUCAAAUUGGAUAGCAAGUUCUAUAUUCAUGGAUAACACACCAGAGGUAAUGAAAAUGCACUAUAGUCCUACGGGUUCAUCAAGGAAAAUCAACUUGAUAAGCUCGGAUGGGGAUAUGUUUGAAGUUGACUACGAUGUUGCACUUAUGUCAAAAACAAUUGAGGAUGCUAUUGAGACAGAUCCUACUGGUGAUGUUAAUUGUAUUUCUCUUUCUUUAGUGAGUAGCAAAAUAUUGGCCAUGGUCAUUGAAUACUGCAAGAAGCACAAGAACGCACAAAUGUCAGAUGUUGAUCUCAUGGAUUGGGAUGUUGAAUUCGUCAAUGUUCACUAUACAACUUUGUUUGACCUUGUUUUAUCUUCAAACUACAUGAACAUCAACAGUCUGUAUAACCUGGUAGGUGGUAAAAUAGGAGACAUGAUAAAAGGAAAGACAGCAGGUGAAAUUGCCCAGUUAUUUGACAUUAAAGAUGUUUGUACACAGGAAGAGCAAAACCAGUGAAGUCUUGAAAUUUUCAGCUAAAAAAUAUACCUGAAGUUUAUUUCCUGUUUCGUUUAUCAUUUAAUCUUCAAUGGCUCUUUGUUUGUUGGAGCGAAUAUAACAUGUUGUCUAGUAUUUCAGAUCAUUACAAAGGCAAGACCAAAUAAAAUAAAAAGCAAACCCUCAUAUUAUUUGGAAUUUGUCUCAAUUUAAUAAUCUCCAAGUUAGUCCAUUUUGUCUGAGAAUGAGAUAUAUAUUUGAUACUUUGUGUUA